UGGUAUGCCAAUCUAAACGACGCGUUUCAAUAUCCUCACCUUUGUGUCAUUAAAACAUACAUAGACAGACCGGUGCGUGGCCUAUGCGCACUGCGUAGUAAGGAAGCGAAGAAGCAAAUUGAAGCUAACAAUGGCGGAGCCUAAAACCAAAUACGAUCGGCAGCUCAGGAUCUGGGGUGAACAAGGGCAAGCAGCUCUGGAGAAAGCGAGCAUAUGUUUACUAAAUUGUGGGCCAACUGGUUCUGAGACUUUGAAGAAUCUUGUCCUUGGUGGUGUCGGAAGCAUUACUAUAGUCGAUGGAUCUAAGGUUGAAUUCGGCGACCUUGGAAACAAUUUUAUGGUGGAUGACUCAAGCCUUGGUCAGUCAAAAGCCAAAUGUGUUUGUUCCUUCCUCCAAGAGCUAAACGAUGCUGUUAAAGCUAAGUUUAUUGAAGAGUAUCCCGAGGCUUUAAUCGACACCAACCCCUCUUUUUUUUCUCAGUUUACCUUAGUUGUUGCCACUCAGCUGGUGGAAGAAUCUAUGGUGAAGCUUGAUAGAAUUUGUAGACAAGAAAAUGUGAUGUUGAUUUUUGCUCGCUCCUACGGCCUAACAGGUUUAGUUCGAAUCUGUGUGAAGGAACACACUGUAAUUGAAUCAAAGCCUGACCAUUUUCUAGAUGACCUUCGGUUAAAUAAUCCAUGGCCUGAGUUGAGAGGGUUUGCUGAUGCUAUUGAUCUAAAUGUGCAAGAUCCUGUUGCUCAUAAACACAUACCAUAUGUUGUCAUCCUUGUCAAGAUGGCCGAUGAGUGGAAGACAAGCCAUGGAGGUACUCUACCAUCAACCAGAGAACAGAAAAGAGAGUUCAAGGAACUUCUCAAAGCCAGGAUGGCUGCGACGGAUGAAGAUAACUAUAAAGAAGCUAUUGAUGCCUCCUUUAAAUUGUUUGCUCCUCAAGGAAUCAGUUCAGAUUUGCAGCAGAUAAUUAAUGAUAGCUGUGCUGAAGUUGGUUCUAGUUCUUCUGACUUUUGGGUGAUGGUAGCAGCUUUGAAGGAGUUCAUUGCAAAUGAAGGUGGUGGGGAGGUACCACUUGAGGGGUCGAUACCAGAUAUGACAUCUUCAACUGAGCAUUAUGUAAACUUGCAGAAGAUCUAUCAGGCUAAAUCUGAGGCUGAUUAUCUUGUUCUUGAAGAACGAGUUAGGAAUAUUCUUAAGAAAAUUGGUAGAGAUCCACAUAGUAUCCCUAAGGCAACGAUAAAAAGCUUCAGCAAAAACGCUAGAAAGCUCAAAGUUUGUAGGUAUCGCUCCAUUGAGGAUGAGUAUAAUAAUCCAUCUCCUGCUGAGCUGCAUAAGUAUUUAACCGAUGAAGAUUACAGUAUUGCUGUGGGAUUCUAUAUUCUUCUAAGAGCUGUUGAUCGCUAUGCCGCAAAUUUUAACCACUUUCCGGGACAGUUUGAUGGUGGAUUGGAUGAGGAUAUAUCUCGGCUAAAAACGACAGCUGUUAGCCUACUUAAUGAUUUGGGUUGUAGUGGCUUAACAUUGACAGAGGAUCUUAUUAAUGAAAUGUGCCGAUUUGGUGCUGCAGAGCUCCAUGCUGUUGCUGCCAUCAUUGGUGGAAUUGCAUCUCAAGAAGUCAUCAAGCUUAUAACAAAACAGUUUGUUCCAAUGACUGGCACGUUUGCAUUCAAUGCGAUUGAUCACAAGUCCCAAUUGUUGAAUCUGUGUUAGAGAACUUGAAGCAACGCAAUUGUUUGAAGCCCAACGGUACUAUUCAUCUCAUCUGGUUCAAACUACCUCAUGUAAUGUCGAUUUCAAGUGAAGAAAUGUUGGGAGUGGAAAAUUCGGUUGGGAGAUGGGAUAACAAAUUAUUUGCAGGCAUAGCUUUGGUGCUCCAUUUAUAAAAAGAAGAUUUUUGGGAUUGAGGCAGUAUUUUGUAUCUUAACAAGGAAGACAUAGCCUACUAUAUUCUCUACUUUAAUGAACAAAGUUGUAGCAAUGCUUAGGUUUUAGCAUUCUCCUUUUCCUCGCCUCUAAUUUUUCCCAUAUAUAACAACAUUAAAAGGAAUAGGUUUAAGUAUGCCCCCCCAGUCUUUGUACUCUUAAAACUUUUCAAAAUCAAAGUCCAAUUUGUAAUCUUGUUAA